GGGGCGGUGCGAAGCUGCCGCGGCGCUGCUGCGUGGAAGCCGCGAGUUCUCACAACUGUCUUCUUGUCGCGCGAGCCCCGAGCCUCGCUUUUCCUCCGGCGGCGACGGCGGCGUUGCCAGCCUCAGCAGCAGCAGGAGAAAGCGGAGGCGAGCGGGCGGCGGGCUCCAUGGAGAGCGGCGGACGCCCGGGCAGAGGCGGUGUUUCCUCUCCGGUACCCGGGCUGCAGUGAUCCGCACUUGUUCCCUGCCCCGCGUCGAAGCGGCUGCCGACUCCGGGACUGACCGGCCUCGCUGCCACUCCCCGCGCCGCCGUCUCGCCUCCCGGCGCCCCCUGUGCCCCGACUCGCCCGCGCCCCAACUUCCCGGCGGGGUGGCGGCGGCCGGGCCCCCGCCGCGGCGGCCGGAGCAGCAGCUGCAGCAAGAGCCCGCCUCUAUGAUGAAGUUCAAGCCCAACCAGACGCGGACCUAUGACCGCGAGGGCUUCAAGAAGCGGGCGGCGUGCCUGUGCUUCCGGAGCGAGCAGGAGGAUGAGGUGCUGCUGGUGAGCAGCAGCCGGUACCCUGACCAGUGGAUUGUCCCUGGAGGAGGCAUGGAGCCAGAGGAGGAACCCGGUGGCGCUGCUGUGAGGGAGGUGUACGAAGAGGCUGGAGUCAAAGGAAAGUUAGGCAGACUCCUGGGCAUAUUUGAGCAGAACCAAGACAGAAAGCAUAGAACAUAUGUUUAUGUUCUUACUGUCACUGAAAUAUUAGAAGACUGGGAAGAUUCUGUUAAUAUAGGAAGGAAGAGAGAGUGGUUCAAAGUAGAAGAUGCCAUCAAAGUUCUCCAGUGUCAUAAGCCUGUACAUGCAGAGUAUCUGGAAAAACUAAAGCUGGGUUGUUCUCCAACCAAUGGAAAUUCCACAGUCCCUUCCCUUCCAGAUAACAACACCUUGUUCGUGACUGCUGCACAGACCUCUGGGUUGCCAUCCAGUAUAAGAUAGAGAGAACUGGGAGGACCUCCCAUGUGCAGUCUUGUGGGGAGAGGUCUCUUUAUUUUCCUUGGUAAACAUCCAAAUGACGCUUGCAAACUGUCUGAAUUUGCCAUGCAGGAUUUUCAAACAAUUUGCAAGUUUUUCAGAUGUUUUCAGAUCUUCUUAAAAAAAAAAGUGUAAAAUAUUUUAAUAAGCCAAAGCCAUGUGGAAUUUUUUUUAGAUGCCUUAAUUGUGCUCCCAGCCCCAACCCACACCCCCCAUUUUAGUUGUCAUUUUUUUUUCAUACAUUUUGUUUAGUUUUUCAUCCAUUUGACAUCAGUCUGUGGUUUUUGUCAGAUCAGCUUACUUAUGGGUAGAUCUUUUCUCUAAAUUAUUUUCUCAUCACAGCAUUAACAUAGUCAACAAAUUGUUCUGUUGUAGAAAUUUACAAAAAUCUUGAUAUUAAAGAAAUCUAUCGAUCUGAAAAUGUGUAUCACAGGAUCACAGUUUUAAUUUCUAAAUUCCAGAUUUGGACUAUUUCUGUAUGGUCCAAUAACUACUUUGACAAAGGACUUAAUUUGCUAUUUUUAGGAAUUUGUCAACUCAUUUGUCUAUAAAUUUUCACAACUGGUAUGUCACUAGCUACCUGAUAGGGCCAUUUCCCCUCUAUAACCCAAACUUUCUGUUAAAGGACUAUUAACUGUAUACAGUUGGUGAUUUUUAGAGAGGUCUAUGUUAAGAAAGAUGCAUGUAAUAAAUACAUCAUCAUGAAAAACUGUAUUCAUGGGAUUUGAGUUAGCAUGCUAGAUUGCCAAUUCCCUUUAUCCAUAAUCUCUCUACCCAGAAUAUUUGAGAAACAAUAAUUCUCUUGAGGUAAAUGUUUCCUGUUUUUUAAUUUACUGACCCCUCUAGUUAAACUUACUGGUUACCAGUAGUAACCACAGGAUUAGAGUCUAACCUCAAAUGCUAGUCAACGGUGACUACAUCACAGUUGAGAAAUGGCCUCCUUGCUGUUCCACUGUUACAGACUUAGAUUAUUAAGACACCUAAGAAUGUCUCAUCUUUUAUAGGUUGCUAGUAAGUACUACUUAUCCUAUAACUAUUGGGGCACUGGAACAUACCUGAACCAAGAAUUAUUUUGUCUUGUUUUUAUACUCACUUGGAAUCAAGAAUCCAUUGACAAACACACAGGUACCUUGUCUGAAGCCCCUGUACUCUUCUCCCCCGCC